AUGGCCUUAAUAGUUGAUGGGAGGCCCCUCCCUCCUCAAACAUUGGAGGAGUCCCCGCCUCAGUUUCCCCAUCUGGACAGCAGAGGGCUCUGCCCGUCCCCCACUGAUAUCAUUAUGGAACCCCAGCUGGGGUCCCCUAUUCAGAGCUAUCCCCCUUCCCCCCCACUCAGCAGCUGCUCUUCCAACCACACCCCUCCUUCUGCUCCCCCCUCCACAGCCCUUGACCCUGGCUGGCCUUCCUCCCCCCACAGGCCACCAGAUGGGCUCCUGAGACCCUCCCCCAGCCAAAGGCUGCCUGCAGCUUGUUCUGGGGAGGAGGGAGGAGGUUAA